GCUUUAACACACGCCACUGUUCUGUCAGUCAGUCAGUCAUUAGAGGGACAGGAUGGAGCUCAGUCCACUCUCUGUGAUGCUCUUGCUGAUUUCACUUAUACCAGUGGCCCAGGCUCAAGGGAGUCCUAAAACUGUGACCAUAACGCCUGAUACACAUGUGUUCAUUGGAGAGAUUGUUACUCUCAGAUGUGACAUACAGGGAGGAGGAGACACUCAGGGGACUUACAGCUGGAAGAGAAAUAAUAAAGUAGUCUCAGAGGGAGGAGGGAAACCCUACACAAUGCAGGUGUUCAGAAUCCAGUCUGUUAAAGUCUCUGACAGUGGUACCUACACCUGCAGUAUAAAGGGGAGAGACUCUCAGAGCUCAGAGAUCAGUGAUGCUGUUAAACUGACUGUAUCAGCAAAACCCAAACCGACUGUGAGAGUGACUCCUCAGAGCUCCGUCUACACUGGAGACACCGUCACUCUGAGCUGUGAGCUGCAGCAGGAGACUGGAUGGGAGUUUCAGUGGUACAAAAAUAAUCAGUUACAAGCAGAAAUACUUAAUAUGACAGUCAAUAAUGCAGGAGAAACAGAGUACCAGUGUCGUGCAUCUAGGCUGAACUUCGACUACGGUGAGACUCGCUCCUACUACACAGACGUCAGUGAUCCUGUUAAGAUUACAGUGAGAGGAAAACCCAAAGCGACUGUGAGAGUGAAUCCUCAGAGCUCCGUCUACACUGGAGACACCGUCACUCUGAGCUGUGAGCUGCAGCAGGAGACUGGAUGGAAGUUUCAGUGGUACAAAAAUAAUCAGUUACAGAAUCUGAACAGUGAACAAGAGAACACACUUAAUGUGACAGUCGAUAAUGCAGGAGAAAUAGAGUACCGGUGUCGGGCAAACAGGAUAAACAACAACAACUACUACUUCACAGAGUUCAGUGAUCCUGUCAAGAUUACAGUGAGAGCAAAACCCAAAGCGACUGUGAGAGUGAAUCCUCAGAGCUCCGUCUACACUGGAGACACCGUCACUCUGAGCUGUGAGCUGCAGCAGGAGACUGGAUGGAAGUUUCUCUGGUACAGAAAUAAUCAGUUACAGAAUCUGAGCAGUGAACAAGAGAACACACUUAAAGUGACAGUCGAUAAUGCAGGAGAAACAGAGUACCGGUGUCGGGCAAACAGGAUAAACAACAACUACUACUACUACACAGAGUUCAGUGAUCCUGUCAAGAUUACAGUGAGAGAGAGACCACCGGCAGUACUGAGUGUAUCUCCACAGAGCUGGCUGACUGAAGGAGAGUCAGUGACUCUAAGCUGUGAGGUUACAGACUCCUCUACAGACUGGACAUUCAGCUGGUACACAGUUGUUCCCUACAGAGACGGCUUAACUGGAAUAAAUAAUAAUGGUGGCUAUAGCGUGUAUGUGGAGCUCCUCUCAGACAGCAGCAGAGGAUCUGGAGGCAAAUACACUCUCAGUCCUGCUGCUCUUAAUCACACAGGAGUUUAUAUGUGCAGAGGAGAGAGAGGAGAACCAGCCCUUCACUCACAGUACAGCAAUCCACAGCCACUAUGGAUCACUGGUGAAUCUCCUCCAGUCUCUCUGAUCAUCAAUCCCAGCAGAACUCAACACUUUACUAAUGACUCUCUCUCACUGAGCUGUGAGGACCAGAGUAACUCUACUGGAUGGACAGUGAGACGAUACACACACAGUGAGAGAGUGUUAGAUUGUUCACACUGGGGAUCAGUUACAGGAUCUACAUGUAACAUCAGCUUCCUCUCCACAUCCUACACUGGAGUUUACUGGUGUGAGUCUGAAUCUGGAGGAAACAGUAAUCCUGUCCACAUCACAGUGCAUGGUCCAUCAGGUGUAGAAGCUCCAUUCUCAGUGCUCAUGCUGAUCUGUAGUGUGGUGACGGUCUCUCCGUAUCUGCUGGUGACCAUCAUUCUGCUGCUCAUAUGUUACAGAGCUCGAGCUCACACUGAUGAAGAGAGAAUUGAGAAUGCAGUCAACGUUCAUCUAUAAAAAGAGGAUAUAUUUACUGGAAAAAUAAUUCAGAAUUUCUUGUUCUUUAUGGUUUUGUGUGGAUUUUAAAAUAAUUCUGAUUUCUCAUUUUAAUGUCCUGCUGUUAUUUUCUCAGCAUCUUAGACACCCUCACUGUUCUGAAUGGAUUUGUUUAGCUAAAGCCUGUAAACCUCCUCAUGAGGUGAAAGUGAUCAUGUGUGUAGUGUUCAAUAAGCCCUACAUCCAGCUUUGUAUGCAAUAUAAAAACAAGUUUAUUGACGGUGAUCUGAAAUAUGGUGCUGAACUAAUAUUGUGUUUUGUGUUUUCUCAGUAUUAGUUCUACUUCUACUGUAUUUGUACUGCUGUGUUUUAUUUUAUUUCUCUAUGAGAUUUUCUCGAGUUAAAUAAUGAGGAGUAGACGUUUUUGGAGAGAUUUUGUUCUAUUUAUAGACCAAGGAGUAGACAUCUCAGUUAGACACUGAUGUUAGAUUUGUGUGACUUUUCAGCUGUGUGAACUUUAAUUGUAGUUGUUUGAGGAGAUUUAUGAAUGAAAUGU